UUUGCGUUGACCUGAGCAUUGAACAACGCGACACAACACAACACACAAUUGUGUUAUUGGUGGCAUAUUCUGAUUCAGUGCAGAAGAUACAAUUCAUAAACGCCUAAACCCAGGACGCCAAGAUGUCUGAACGAAAAGUUCUCAAUAAAUAUUACCCUCCCGACUUUGAUCCAAAUAACAUUCCCCGGAGCAAAGUCGCCAGAAACAAGACAUUCUCAGUUCGACUCAUGGCGCCGUGCAACAUGAAGUGCAACACCUGCGGCGAAUACAUCGCCAAGGCCAAGAAGUUCAACGCUAGGAAGGAGGAUGUGGACGACGAGAACUACCUCGGCCUGCGCAUUUACCGCUUCUACAUCAAGUGUCCCAUGUGCAUGGCCGAGAUCGUGUUCAAGACGGACCCCGAGAAUACCGACUAUAUUAUUGAGGCGGGCGCCACGCGCAACUUCCAGGCGCAGAUCCUGGCCGAGCGGCAGGCCAAGAGGGAGGCCGAACAGGCGGAGGAAGAGGAAAAGUCCAACCCCAUGAAGAUGCUGGAGAACCGUACCAAGCAGUCCCGCCACGAGAUGGACAUGAUUGAGAAGCUGGAGGAGCUGAAGGACCUUAACCAGCGGCAGGCGCACGUCGACUACGACAGCAUGCUACAGCGGUACAGCCGGCAGCAGGAGGCCGAGGAACAGCGCCAGGAGCAGGAGGACGAGGAGUACAUACGCUCGGUGUUCGGAAAGGGCAAGGACAGCGCCGUGAAGCGGGUCAGGGACGACUCGGACAGUGACGAGGAGGUGCGGGCCAAGGUGCCGCCGCCCACCGAGAAACCCACUGACCUGCUGGCGCCGGCCAAGAAGCCGGAGGUUCCCUCUGAGAAGAAGUCCUGGGAGCGCAGUCUCGGUACUCUGGGCGGUGCUAAGAAGCCGGCCCUGCUGGUGCGGCCCGCUGGCCGGUCUGCGGCGACAAACGGGGCCGGCGCCGGGGGUAGCGGUAGUUCAGUCCCGGCGGCAGUGCAGAGAGACGCUAAACCAAACGGGGCCGGCGCCGGAGGCAGCGGCAGCACAGCCCCGGUUACGGCGGUGGUUACAAAGGGCACGGCGCAGAACGGGUCAGCCGCCACCAGUGGAGCGGCGGUGACAGGCCUGGGACUGCUCGGAGCGUACUCGGACAGUGAGAGUGACUGAGACCGACCGCUGACCGGCGCGGUGUGUCCGAUGGUUUGUGAGUGUAAUGUGUAUUGUGUGUGUCCGACGGGGUAGUGACCGGCCUGACUGGUGCCGAUUUGGACAGCUGUGAGUUUCUAAAGCCGUCGUGUUUGUAGCCUCCAUGUGUGCGUACUGCGUGUGUGCUGAUGUAUGAAGUUCAAACAGAGUUGAGCGAACUGGGAAUGGACAGGAUAACGGAUACUGGACGAGCGAUAUGCGACGCUGCGAUUAUAUGACUGUGUGUUGACUGUUCAUUGAAAUGAGCAUUUGAUAGUGUCUUAUUUGCCCAUGCGAAUUUGUGAUGUCAUGUUAGACCGGGAUGUGUGGCGUAUCCCCACAUCGUUCUUAACGUCGCUGAAUAUGGUUCAUGUUGAUUCAUCAUUCGAUGGAUGAAGUACACACCUUUGACUCAUAUGGAUAGAUUCACCCCGUAAUAUAUCGAAUGGCGGUCUUA